AUGAUCGCGAGGAAUAACAAUGGUGAUGUUAUGGCCACGGCUGCUCUUGACUCUCUCGGUGCAGCUUCCGCAUUAAUGGCUGAAGCACUAGCGUUCCGAUGGUGCGUAUCGUUGGCUAAGGACCUUGGAUUCUUCCGGGUGGUGUUUGAAACGGAUUGUCUCCAAUUAUUUGAGGCUUGGAAGAAGAAUAAGCAAGGAGUUUCUUAUUUAUUUUCUGUUUUGAAUGAUUGUCGAGACAUGGUCUCUUUCUUUACUAGCUUCGAUUUGUCUUUUGUCCGCCGUUCAGGCAACAGUGUGGCUGAUUUCUUGGCUAAGAACUCCUCAAAAUUUUCCAACGUUGUUUGGAUUGAGGAGGUUCCCCCGGAAUUGGACCUUUUGGUGACUUCGGAUGUAUUAGCCUCUAUGGCGUUUUGA